UUUUUUGAUGAUACAUUGUACAUUCGAACUUGACAUAAAUGGUGGGUUCGUUGAAAAACAUUAAACAAAUUGUGGACUCAAGAACUAAAAACAGAUAGAGGUGUUCUAUGAUUAGUGUUUAGGGGUAAUUAUGUUUAUGUAUACUAUCUAAAGGAUAUUCUGUUGUGAAAAUAUAUUUAAUUCAAGGAUUAAUAUCUAUGAAAGCAUUGAAUCAUUGAUACACCAAUUGAUAUAAGAUACUAUUCAUAGCAAACUAAUUUGAUUAUUUUUGUUGGGUGAAGAAAAAUAUAUAUAGAAAGAUAUAAGAGAUAAUUAAGGGGACAUCACAAUUUCCUUUGUCUUGAAAUUCAGACCAUUUCCUCCCUCCACUUCUCCACUUUCUUUGGAACUCAUAAGAUACUUUUUCUCCAUCCAUUUCUUUUCCUCUCUUUUCUUAAUUAAUCACUGUCUUUUUCCCUAAUUUCCACCUUCUUUCUUCCUUUCAAGACAAACUCCUAUGUUCACCAAAAAAACAAAAUUGAACAAAAAAAAGAAACACACACCAUAAUCUUAAAAACUAAUCAAUAAGAUAUAGAAGUUUUUUUUUUUCCUUGUAAAAUAUUUGCUCAAAAUCCUUAAUGGCUUCCGAAAACUUCAGACGUGGAAGGUAAAAAUGCUGCAAUCUUCUGCUCCAUUUCUUUUUAAUUUUCCCUGCCAAAAACAAUAACUAUAUAUACAUACGUACCUCGACGUGCAGACCAAUCCUUUUGCUAGAUUCUAUUCACAAGAUAUGAGGAAGGGCUUUAACAUUCGUGACACCAAGUUUCUCUGAUUUGGGAGACUCGCUGGCGAUGUUAACGAAGCCCGGAAAGAAGCUUGACUCUUCAGAGGUAUACGAGUCUAGUCUUGAUAAUGAAUGGAAUUUUCAUACCUACUUGCAGUUUGAGAUCUUAUCUUUUCUUUUUCUUUUUCUUGUGCAGCCAAGUCACCAUGUCUCGUCCUUGGGGCCAAAAGAAUCAACUCAUCAUACAACGAGUUCCAAUUAUCCACCGUUAGAUAUUGUUCAUCAAACUCCACAACCACGUAAAGAGAUGCAACAAAGGCCAUUGUUCGAUCCCAAGAAGAUGGAUAAUCUUAUAAAACCAGAGCCAGCUGGGUUCAGUAAUCAUCACCGUCCAAUCCCUAGUCCAAAAAUCCCAUCCUCACCUGGUUCCAGCAUGGCCGAGUCACAAUCAAACCUAAACACCAAACCAAGCAACAACAACAGUAACAACAAUAGCAAUAUGAGUUCAAGAAGCAACAGCAUUGAGAGCACUUCCUCUAAUCCCUCUAAGCCACACACAGGUGGUGACAUUAGGUGGGAUGCUGUCAAUAUGUUGACCUCCAAAGGAGUCCAGCUCGGGAUCAGCGAUUUUCGGCUACUUAAACGGCUCGGUUAUGGAGACAUUGGGAGUGUUUACCUAGUCGAGCUAAGAGGAACCAACACCUAUUUCGCCAUGAAAGUGAUGGACAAAGCUUCCUUAGCUAGCAGGAACAAGCUGUUGCGUGCUCAAACAGAGAGAGAGAUCUUGUCUCAGCUUGAUCACCCCUUCCUGCCCACUCUAUACUCGCAUUUUGAAACAGAUAAGUUCUAUUGCUUAGUCAUGGAGUUUUGUGGUGGUGGUAAUCUCUAUUCCUUGAGACAGAAGCAACCAAACAAAUGUUUCACAGAGGACGCCGCAAGAUUCUUUGCUUCUGAAGUGCUAUUGGCAUUGGAGUACUUGCACAUGCUCGGAAUUGUUUACCGUGACUUGAAGCCAGAAAAUGUUCUAGUCAGAGACGACGGACACAUUAUGCUCUCCGAUUUCGAUUUAUCCCUCCGAUGUUCAGUCAGUCCAACCCUCGUCAAAUCAUCCUCUGUUCACGCCGCCGGCGGCGGAAGCGGAAGCAGUCGGCCUGUAGGUCUAAUCGACGAGGACGCGGCGGUGCAAGGUUGUAUCCAACCGUCAACAUUCUUCCCGCGGAUUUUACAGUCGUCGAAGAGGAAUCGAAAAGCGAAAUCGGAUUUCGGACUCUUCGUUAACGGAUCCAUGCCAGAACUCAUGGCGGAGCCAACGAACGUCAAAUCAAUGUCAUUCGUCGGAACACACGAGUAUUUAGCACCGGAGAUUAUCCGUGGUGAAGGACACGGAAGCGCCGUAGAUUGGUGGACCUUCGGAAUUUUCAUCUACGAGCUUCUCUAUGGAGCGACGCCGUUUAAAGGACAAGGAAACCGUGCAACGCUUCACAACGUGAUCGGACAAGCUUUAAGAUUCCCUGAGGUUCCUCAUGUGAGCUCGGCGGCGAGAGAUCUCAUCAAAGGAUUAUUAGUUAAAGAACCACAAAAACGAAUCGCUUACAAACGUGGCGCGACGGAGAUCAAGCAGCAUCCGUUUUUCGAAGGUGUGAAUUGGGCGCUGAUUCGGAGUGCAACGCCGCCGCAUGUACCAGAACCGGUGGAUUUUUCGUGUUACGCAAGCAAGGAUAAAGAGUCUAUGGCGGCUGUUGACGGCGGCGGAAAGAAGAACAAUAUCGGUGCCGGAGGUGGUUGCAGCAGUGUCGGCGGUGGUGAUAACAAAUCUAACGGCGAUUGCCAUGAUCCUGAUUACAUUGACUUUGAAUAUUUUUAGCAACUGAUAUACGUAUAAUGACUAAAAUUCUUCAAACAAUUUAUGUAUA